CCGUUUCUUAUGUGUUAGAGUGUGUUAAAGAUUUUUAACGGUGUCGGUUAAAUUAUUCGAUCACGUUUUCUCGCUCUUCGAACCAGAGAAAAAAAGCUCACCGGGAGCUGCGCGUGUAUUUUUGUGCGUCGUACAGGGUCUCGUGUUGGUGGGUCACGCCGCGCAAGAGCUAAGAGAGGCUGCUGUUUCUUCUCGCUUUAUUCAAAGACUUUUCAUAUCUUUUUUUUUCAAUUUUUUUUUUAAGUUCAGUUUUUCGUUAAUACAUGUGAGAUAGAUAUUCGAAUAUCUUCUUUUUUUUUUUCUUGGUUUCUUUUGGCAGUCUCUCGUCGUCCUCGGCGUGCAGCAGCGGCGACAAGCGGCAGCACCCAGUAACACACUGCGACGAGCGGGCGUCCGUGACACGAUCCAGGAGAAUCGAGCGAUCCGUUUGUUCGUGGUUGCAAGUAUACGAGUGCUCCGAAACGCGCGAAUAAAUGUGUCGGUCACGGUACAAGACGUGAAGCGGGGGAAUAUACGGCAAGUGAGUAUAUUUUUAGUAGCAAGCGCCAAGCGCUAAGGCAGAGUGGUAUAAACGGCGCGCAGUGGCCUGAUGAAGCGGCGUAUGUGACAUCAAAUUUCUCUCUCUUGCCACCUUGACGAGACACCGAGACAUCUUGCAGACUAUCAGCGCGCGCAUCGAACCGCAAGUGAAACCGAAAGAAAAUAGUGAAACUUUGCGCAGUACGUGUACGAGUAACUAGAGGGCAACACGAAUCGAUUACUAUAUUGCUAAUGGCUUAUUUCACUUAACACGCCUUUCCGUGGUGAGCAAAAUCGGUGCCUAGAGUGGUGUGGUGCGAUUCAAGGUUUUGCACGUUAGAGAUUGACAGGAAAGAAUGAAGCUUCGUGGUCCAUAUCAAUAAAGGGAGCUAUUGGUCCUCCAAUUUCCUGGAGACCAGUGGUGUCAGUGACACCAAAAAAUAAUACGAGCUGCUAGCGUGAAGAAGUAUAGUAAAGUUGGCUUAAGCCAACGUCGGUGGAAAAAACAAAAUGGCAACAAUAGAUGGCAGACCAACCCAAUAUGGUAUCAGUCUUAAGCAACUUCGUGAGCUCAUGGAGCUCCGAGGACGUGAAGGUGUCACUAAAGUCAAUAGCUAUGGUGGUGUGCAGGAGAUUUGUAAAAAAUUAUAUACUUCACCUAGUGAAGGUCUCAGUGGAUCAGCAGCUGAUAUUCAACAUAGACGAGAUACAUUUGGUUCCAACCUAAUACCUCCAAAACCACCAAAAACAUUUCUACAAUUAGUGUGGGAAGCUCUUCAAGAUGUUACAUUAAUUAUCUUGGAAGUAGCAGCAUUGGUUUCAUUAGGUCUUAGCUUUUAUCACCCAGCAGAUGAUGAAGAAAAACCUUUAAUAGAUGAAGAUGAAGCAAAAUAUGGUUGGAUAGAAGGAGCUGCUAUAUUUAUUUCUGUGAUCUUGGUGGUAAUAGUAACAGCUUCCAAUGAUUACUCUAAGGAAAAACAAUUUAGGGGCCUCCAAAGUCGUAUAGAGGGGGAACAUAAAUUUUCUGUCAUUAGACAAGGAGAAGUCAAACAGAUUUCUGUAGCUGAUAUUGUUGUUGGUGAUAUAUGUCAGAUAAAAUAUGGAGACCUGCUGCCAGCAGAUGGUAUCCUUAUACAAAGCAACGAUCUCAAAGUGGAUGAGUCCAGUUUAACCGGAGAGUCAGACCAUGUUAAAAAAGGAGAAUCGUUCGAUCCCAUGGUACUCUCAGGUACACAUGUGAUGGAGGGUUCUGGAAAAAUGUUAGUUACUGCAGUAGGUGUUAAUUCGCAGGCUGGUAUUAUCUUUACUUUGUUGGGUGCUGCUGUUGAUCAACAAGAACAAGAAAUCAAGAAAAUGAAGAAAGAGGCUAAGAAGCAGCGGAAGAAGAAGUCAUUAACAGAUGAAGAAAUAACUGGGAACAGCCAUGUGAGCGCAGCCAAGCCUGAACCUGCGGAGAACCACCAUGCAGUUAGCCACGCACCUGAAGGAAAGAAGGAGAAGAGUGUUUUACAAGCCAAGCUAACUAAACUCGCCAUACAAAUCGGUUACGCCGGCUCGACCAUAGCAGUGCUUACCGUUGUCAUUCUAGUCAUUCAGUUCUGCGUUACCACAUUUUACGUGCAGGGGAAAAGUUGGAAAAAUACAUACGCUGGUGAUUUGGUGCGGCAUUUGAUCAUUGGUGUAACGGUACUUGUAGUUGCCGUUCCCGAAGGUCUUCCUCUAGCUGUUACCCUCUCCCUUGCUUAUUCCGUUAAGAAAAUGAUGAAAGACAACAACUUGGUGCGUCAUUUGGAUGCUUGUGAAACGAUGGGUAACGCGACGGCAAUCUGUUCGGACAAGACUGGUACCCUGACAACCAACCGAAUGACCGUUGUUCAAUCGUACAUAUGCGAAAAGAUGAGUAAAAUAACCCCGCAGUUUUCGGAUAUCCCGUCGCAUGUCGGAAACUUAAUGGUUCAAGCUAUUUCUAUUAAUUCGGCGUACACAUCCAGAAUAAUGCCUGCGCAGGAACCUACAGAUUUGCCGCUUCAAGUCGGCAAUAAAACCGAAUGUGCCUUACUUGGAUUUGUAAUAGCCCUGGGCAUGAACUAUCAGACGAUACGAGACGAUCAACCUGAGGAAACUUUCACGCGGGUAUACACGUUCAAUAGCGUUAGGAAGAGCAUGUCCACCGCCAUCCCGAGGAAAGGUGGUGGAUACAGGCUCUUUACCAAGGGCGCUUCCGAGAUCAUCAUGAAGAAAUGUGCCUUUAUAUAUGGUCGUGAAGGUCAUUUGGAAAAAUUUACCAAAGAGAUGCAAGAGCGUCUGGUAAAGAACGUGAUCGAGCCGAUGGCGUGUGACGGUCUCCGUACUAUUUGCAUCGCGUAUCGCGAUUUCGUUCCUGGAAAGGCAGAAAUUAAUCAGGUUCAUAUCGACAACGAGCCGAAUUGGGAUGACGAGGAAAAUGUCGUGAACAAUCUCACGUGUUUGUGCAUUGUGGGUAUCGAGGAUCCGGUACGGCCCGAGGUGCCGGAAGCGAUCAGAAAGUGUCAAAAAGCAGGCAUCACUGUGCGAAUGGUGACUGGAGACAAUAUAAAUACCGCGCGUUCCAUUGCUUUGAAAUGUGGAAUUUUGAAACCAAACGAAGAUUUCCUGAUCCUCGAAGGCAAAGAGUUCAAUAGGAGGAUUCGCGAUAGCAGUGGCGAAGUACAACAACAUUUGUUGGACAAAGUGUGGCCGAGGUUAAGGGUGUUGGCUAGAUCGUCACCUACAGACAAGUAUACACUCGUAAAAGGCAUAAUCGAUAGCAAAGCGAGCGUGAGUCGCGAAGUUGUUGCUGUAACUGGUGAUGGAACGAACGACGGCCCUGCUUUGAAAAAGGCUGAUGUCGGUUUUGCCAUGGGUAUCGCUGGCACCGACGUCGCCAAGGAAGCUUCCGAUAUCAUCUUAACGGAUGAUAAUUUUUCGUCGAUCGUGAAGGCAGUUAUGUGGGGUAGAAACGUCUACGAUAGUAUAGCAAAGUUCUUGCAGUUUCAAUUGACCGUCAAUAUCGUCGCUGUUAUAGUUGCUUUUAUCGGGGCAUGUGCCGUGCAAGAUUCCCCUCUUAAAGCGGUGCAGAUGUUGUGGGUGAACUUAAUCAUGGACACAUUAGCAUCUCUUGCAUUGGCCACCGAAAUGCCUACGCCUGAUCUUCUUCUUCGUAAACCCUAUGGUCGCACGAAACCGCUCAUUUCCAGGACAAUGAUGAAGAACAUUCUUGGCCAAGCUAUCUAUCAGUUGACUGUAAUUUUUAUGCUUCUUUUCGUUGGUGAUAAGAUGCUCGACAUCGAAACAGGCCGAGGAGUUGCGCAGGCUGGCGGCGGUCCAACGCAACACUUUACUAUUAUCUUUAAUACAUUCGUCAUGAUGACACUUUUCAACGAAUUUAACGCUAGAAAAAUCCAUGGUCAGCGUAAUGUCUUCCAAGGAAUAUUCACCAAUCCCAUCUUUUACACUAUCUGGAUCGUGACAUGUCUAUCGCAGGUAGUUAUCAUACAAUAUGGUAAAAUGGCGUUCAGCACGAAAGCUCUCACAUUAGAACAAUGGAUGUGGUGCCUAUUCUUCGGAGUCGGUACUCUAUUGUGGGGCCAAGUAAUUACAACUAUUCCUACGCGCAAGAUUCCUAAAAUCCUUUCAUGGGGCCGCGGCCAGCCGGAUGAUAUCAGUGCGAUCAAUCUAGGAGAUGAGAAAUUCGACCCUGACUCGGAUAAAAAGCCGCGCGCAGGACAAAUUCUAUGGAUCCGUGGUCUAACACGACUACAGACACAGCUUCGAGUAAUCAGAGCGUUCAAGUCGACUCUAGAAGAUUUGGAGGAGCGUCGCUCUGUCCAUAGUUUACACAGCUUACACAGUAUGCGCAGUUCACGCAGCCACACUGGGCCCCGACCACUUUCUGACUUCACAUACAUUGACGAAGACCCGACAAACAGUGCGCUGAACGCCAGCAAGGGCAAUUUGCCGAACAAGACCGCCGAGGAUCAUACGACCGCCAGGAUGAACAGCUCUACGUCACCAUUGUUGCUCAGCGUUACGGGAUCAGGCAUCGCGUACAACCAUCAUAAUACCACCAUAAACACCAUCAAUGACAAUAGAUCCUCGUCCAAUAGUGCCCUAAACCAGGCCCAACAACCCAACCAUACGCAGAUGCAGAAUAGCAACAACAGAGACAGCAACACAGGAAACUCCCUGCUUCUCAGCUCCAAUAAUUUGGCCAUCCCGGAAUUGACGAAGCUCGUGCAUGAAACCAGCAUUUAA